AUGUUAAGAAAUCAAAUAACAGGAAAAUUAGAAGCUGUUGGAGAUACAGUAGAACCAUUUUAUUUUAUUUUACAUCCAAAAAAUGAACAAAAUUUAACUCGUGAAGAUCAAGAUAAAGGAAAAGAAUUAUAUUCACUUUUAGUUCAAUUUGAAAUUAUUCAAGGAGAUACAAUAAGAAAAAUAUUUCGAAAUAAUUCACAAGAACGAAAUAAAAUAGAAAAGAUAAUUCGAAAUGAUCUUGAUCCUUCGAUUGCCGAUCCAUUAGUUAGUUUAUUAAAUAUCAGCAAAGUCAAUAUUUUUAUCAACACAGAUUUACCAUUUACUAUUAAAGAAGAAGAAGGAAAUAAUAUUCGAAUUUAUCUAAAAGAAAAAAAUAUUUUAAAGUCUGGUGGACUUGCUAAAUAUAAAUAUGGAGAUAUUAAAAGAAAUAUUGAAAGAACUUUAAAUAAAAUUUUAAAAAAUAUUCAAUUUGAAAAUGAUAAAGAAUUAAUUUUGUCGAAAAUUUUGUCUUUACAAGGAGAUAUUCGUUCAUUUAAAAAAGGUUUAAAAGCUAAUUUAAAAGAUUUUGUAGAUCUUCAAGAUCAAGAAAAUGUUCCAAAAGAUAAAUCUUGGUGGGAUUGGAAUGCUUUUGUCGUUGCAAUGAUAAGACUUGUUCAAGUCAUUGCCGAAGCUGUUUUAGUAGCCUUUGGUUUGACUCAGAUAGGCAAUGCUUUAAUAUCAGGUAUUUUUAAUACGAAAGAAUGGGCAAUACAAAAAGCAAUUAGCUUCGGUCUCUCUAUGUUGACUGUUGGAAUUGGAAAGUUUUUGACGGAUAAAAUUAUGGAACAGAUUCAAGAAAAUGUUGUACAAAAGAUUGUUAGUAAAAUAGAAGAAAAUUUAUUAAAAGAAAUAAUCGGUUUAAUAAAUAAUAAAAUAGAAACUCUUUAUCUUCAAAAAAUAACUUUAGGAAAAGAUAUUUUAUUAUCUCAACAAUUUGAUAAUAUUCGAACACGAGUUGUAUCUUCUUUAAGAAAUAGUUAUCAUCUAUUUUCUGAUGGUCUAAAGAAAUCAAAUUCAAAAUACGUUAAAAUAGCUGCUACUACUCUUAAAGAAAUAGAUAUCAUUAAUAAGUUGUUGACUGUAGUUCAAUCUGUCUUACAGUUCGAACAUGUCUUUAUAAUACUCUAAAAGAUAUUAUUGGAGGUACUACCAAAGAAAAUCAGAAUAUUUAUAGAAAAAAACAUUAAUCAGAAUCUUGUCGAAACAAGAGCAGAACAAUUGAAUAGAAUCAUUAGAGAAUAUAUAUCAACUAAAUUAACAAAAUAAUUAGAUAAAGUAGUCACAAUGUAAUGGAAGAAAUCCAGCUAAUAUAUUGAAACAAUCGAAUCAAAAUAGACAAAAUCAUGCAGAAAGUCAAAUUGCUGUUGAACAAUCUCCCAUAAAUCAAGAUUUAAAGAAAGAACAACAAGAUCGAGCGAAAAGAGA